UUGAGCAAUGGUUUUGAAGCACAACAAUCAACUGCCCAACCAGCAUUUCCGCAAGGACUGGCAGCGUCGCGUUAAGACUUGGUUCGACCAGCCUGGUCGCAAGAAGUCCAGAAGAAUUGCACGCAUCCAAAAGGCUGCUCGCAUUGCUCCCAGACCCGUCGAUGGACUUUUGCGCCCUGCUGUUCGUUGCCCCACCAUCAAGUACAACACCAAGCUCCGUGCUGGUCGUGGUUUCACUCUUGAGGAGCUUAAGGAAGCUGGUGUCUCUCGCAAGCAAGCCUUGACCAUCGGUAUCUCCGUUGACCACCGUCGCCGCAACAAGUCUCAAGAAUCCCUUGAGCUUAAUGUCCAGCGUCUCAAGGCCUACCAGGCUAAGUUGAUCAUCUUCCCCCGCAAGGCCGGUAAGCCCAAGAACGGUGAUGCCACCGAUGUCUCUGGUGUUUCUCAGCUUAAGGGUGCCGUUCUUCCCAUUGAGCAAGUUGCUGCUGGUGAGGAAGCUCGUGCCAUCAAGGCUGAGGAGAAGGAGCUUAACGCUUUCCAGAAGUUGCGUUAUGCCCGUUCCGAAGCUCGCACUCUCGGUGCUCGUGAGAAGCGUGCCCGUGAUAAGGCUGAGGAGGAAGCUGCUAAGGUUAGUUGAGCACUUAUUCUGUGUACUUAUUGAUACUAUAUGACUUGGUACUGACACAAUUUAUUCGAAUCUACAGAAGAAAUAAGUAUAGUGUAGCUUCUUUAGCUUCUAGCUCUACCUGUUGUGCCAUCAAAAGAUUUGACAAUAAAUCAUUCCCAAAAUUUAAAUUGGAAGCAGUCGACGCACACGUUUACAUAAAUUCGACAGUAACAACAGUACUGUCUUUAGCUACUUCA